CUUCGCAAGCAAGAGAAUAGUGGGCACUUUGUACGAAAGGUUCGUCGAGCUGGAUCGAAAUGGCGCGGAUUGCUCCGCGGAAGAGUUCCUUUUCAGUGGCUGAGUUGCCGUCAAUCCCACUUUCUCAGAGAGUGUUAAGGAUGAUAGAUGGAUUGAAUUUUAAGGAAUUUGUGGCGUUUUUGUCUGCAUUUAGUCCUCGAGCUUCUUGUCAGCAGAAAAUUGAGUUUAUUUUCAAGGUAUAUGAUUCUGAUGGCAAUUGGAAAGUUACAUUCAAUGACAUGUUGGAUGUGUUGCAUGAUUUGACUGGACAAUUCAUAUCGGAACAGCAGAGGGAGCAAGUGCUGAUCCAUGUCCUUGAGGAAGCAGGCUACACAAAGGAUUCUUUGUUAGUUUUAUCAGACUUUAUAAAGGAACUGUAAAGAAGUCCAAAAUCAUAUGAUGACUACACGUUUUAACACCACUUCUACGAGUUUGACAGCCUCCCUAUUAGUCUCACCUGGAAACAGCAUCCUUUUUCCUCUUGUCAUCUUACAAAGUUUAGCCUCAUAAAAGAGAAGUGGUGAAAGUGUUUUUGUACGUACUUUUUGAUGGAUCAAAUAUUUUUAAUGAGGAACAUCAUGUUUUCCAAGAGGGUAAUGGUUCAGUUGUUUGUUGGAAAGUCAAAUCUCGCAUUGGUUAAAUAUAAGUACGGGAUUAAUAUGAUUUAUGGGGCUUCUCCACCUUCUGUCUUGGGCUUUUGGGUUUUUAAAACUUCUAGUGAUGGAAUAUUAACCACCUCUGUCGACUUUUGGCAGUGGAAGCCUGGUGAAUUUCGUACAAUUAAGUUGCAUUGGGAAAACGAAGUCUUCAAUAAUUAUCUUGAAUGUUGGUGUGAAAUUAUCUUCAAAGUCUUGAUAAAAUCUAAUCAGUGUCAUUUUCAGCAGUGUCCAUUUCUUAAAGGUGCCUUGGCAUUGAAAUAGGGUAAAAGGAAAGCAGUCCUAGUACAUAAAAUAGGAUAGAUGUUCCUUAUGGACCUUACCAACUAAUAGGAUCUGAUUCAAGUCAUAAAGUAGGUGGCCUUCUGUUUUCUUGCCUUAGGUGGAAGUCUGAGGGAGGAUAUUGGAAAUGCGUUUGGUUCUAUCUGGUGAGAGUUAAAAAUCUCUUAUCAUAAGCAAUCCCUUGAUCGGUGCAUCCAUAUCCUCUUAGAAUUUUGCGUCCUUAUCACAGUCACUUAGAAUUUGUUCUCUUGGUUUCCACAUUGGAAAAUGCUUAAAUAGUUUUUGAUGCGGUGCUAACAUGAAUUGCUCUAAUGGUUAUACCAAGGGUAGGAUUUUAUACUUUCUUGUCUAAGGUGGAUUAAGAUUAGUGAUAAGUUGAAAAUACUUAGUGAUAACAUGGAAGAUCCAAGUGGUGAUAAGUUGAAUGUGUUCAGACUUCAGGGACAGUAACUCGGGGGUAUAGCUUGUGGUUCUAAGGCUUGUGUAAUACCUCAUCUAUUGUGGGGACACGAUCCUGAAAACUGUUUUCGGUCUUUACAGCAAAAUGCUGAAUGAGGAAACUAAAUUUUGGUUGCAUCAAGGAACAUGGCUGGUAGAGUUUAUAAUCUUAGUGUUGCCCAUUGGUUCAAAAUCAGUAAUUUCUUUUGGCAAAUGCUAGAUUUAUUUU